AUGAGCGCGAUCCUCUCGGCAGACGACUUGAACGACUUUAUAAGUCCAGGUGUCGCCUGCAUCAAGCCGAUCGAGACCCUCCCCUCCGCCCCGCCACCGUCGUCGCAAGACCCCUCCCUCGAGCACGAAGUGAUCCUCGACGGCCAACCCGGCUCCGCCGCCGCGGCAAACGCCCCGCCCGCCGAGAUCUCCCUGACGGACUGCCUCGCCUGCUCCGGAUGCGUCACCUCCGCCGAGGCCGUCCUCGUGAGCAUGCAGUCCCACACCGAGGUCCUCAACACCCUCGACUUCGGGCCCGCGCUGCGCAUCGUCGGCCCGGACGGCAGCGGCCAGUUCCGCGUCGACGGGCUUGAGGACGAGAGCCGCAAGCUGUUCGUCGCCAGCGUGUCGCCCCAGACGAGGGCGAGCCUGGCGGCCGCAGCGGGCAAGGGAACGACGGAGAAGGAGGCAGGGUACAUGCUCGAGAGGCUGCUCGGCGGCCCCGAGGGCCUCGCGAGCGCGGGGAAGCACAACAACGGGUUCACGUGGGUCCUGGAUACCAACGUCGCGCGCGAAGCGUGCUUGGUCCUCGGCGCGGACGAGGUCUUGGGCGCAGAGGACGCGCCUGCGUCGUCGGCAACCAAGCCCAUCCUCACGUCGUCGUGUCCCGGAUGGGUGUGCUACGCCGAAAAGACGCACCCCUACGUGCUCCCGCAUCUGUCGCGGGUCAAGUCGCCUCAGGCGCUGAUGGGCACGCUGCUCAAGACCACGCUCAGCAAGAAGCUCGGGAUCCCGCCGAGCAGGAUCUGGCACCUGGCUGUCAUGCCGUGCUUCGACAAGAAGCUGGAGGCUAGUCGCGAGGAGCUUACGGAUUCGGUCUGGGCGGGCGACGGGACGCCGGGCAGGGGCGUCCGCGACGUCGACUGCGUCAUCACAAGCAAGGAGGUCCUCAUGCUGGCGGAAUCAAGGGGUUUCAAUUUCUUCGACCUUCCCCGGAGCAGGCCCAACAUCGAGCGCGCGCCCUUCCCCGACGCGCGCCUGGAGAAGUUCCUGUUCCCCGGCCGCGGCGCCCACCGCUCGUCUCAGGCGGCGGGCACGUCCGGCGGCAACCUCUAUUUCACCCUCCAAACCGUGGCCUCCAAGCACCCCAAUUCCCAGAUCCAAGUAGUCCGCGGACGUAACGCCGACGUCGUUGAGUUCAUCGUUGCCUCCUCCACCGGCGAUCCAAUAUUCAAGGCCGCCAGAUACUAUGGUUUCCGGAACAUCCAAAACCUGGUGCGGAAGCUGAAGCCGGCGCGUCCAUCUCGCAUGCCUGGUGGCAAGGCGUUUGGUGCCGCCAGGAGGCCCGCCGGCAAGUCUGCCGGGCUCGAGUAUGCCUACGUCGAGGUCAUGGCUUGCCCCGGCGGCUGCACCAACGGCGGUGGGCAGAUCAAGGUCGACGACCCCAUCAUUGUCGAACGCAGGGGCUUUGAGACUAAGCCUGGUCCCCUGGAGCAGAAGGUUUUCUUGUCCGAGGUCGACGAGGCUUACUUUUCAGCGGAGGAUUCUGAUUGCGAAGAUGCCGCCCCUCAAAACGGCGACCUUCGAACGGAUGCUGUUGAUGGAAUUUCGCCCUCUUACAUUCGAGAUACCCUGGCGCAUUGGGCGGGCAUUACUGGCAUAGAUCUGGGUAGAUUGGCGCUCACCACGUAUCGCGAGGUGGUCAGCGACGUGGGCAAGGACAAGGCGAGCGACACGGAGCGCGUUGUCCAGCUGGCGGGCAAGAUUGGCGGAGGCUGGUAG